CAGUACUGAAGCCACAAUCAUAAGAGCCCGCCUAGUGCCAAAGCAGACUUUGAUCUCAUCAAGAUGUGGAAGAUUAAACCCCCCAUCACAUACCCUUUGGAAGCAAAGUACAGGCCCUAUCUUGAGUCGUUGGUCCCUACAGACCCUAUUUCCCUGUUCAACCUGAAACGGGGUUCCCCCGAAGAGGAGUUCCCUAACCUGAAAUACAACUACACGUGCAUGGCGAGCAUCCUGACUCUAAAACUGUACGCUCGCCAGUUCAACCGGGCCACUCAGAGUGGGGUCAUCUUUGAUGAUAUUAUACGUCCGGGCCUUGAGGAACCAGGAGAGUUUAAUGGACCUAUGACUGUGGGCUGUGCAGCUGGCGAUGCCCAGUCUUAUAUCCUCUUCUGUGAUUUCUUUGAUCGGGUCAUUGAGGCCUACCAUAACCACAAGAUGAGCAAGUUGCAAGAGAGCGACUUUAAUUACGACAACUUGAAGGGAGGUGAUGACUUUGACCAAGAUUAUGCCUUGAGCUGCGAGGUGAGCGCUCUGCGAGCUGUGGAUGACUUCUGCUUCCCCACACACUGCAGCCGGGGAGAGCGUAGAGAGCUCCUCACACUGGCCAAAAAAGCAUUCGACCAAUUGGCAGAGACGUUACCAGGGAAGCUGUACUCAGUGGCUGAAAUCUCACAGCACCCAGAAGACAAGGGAGUGACUGUUAUACCUUCCCCUUUCCAGUUGAGGACUGGAGUGGCCCGUGACUGGCCUGACUCCAGAGCUGUGUGGUUUAGUAAAGACAGGACCCUGGUGGUAUGGAUCAACAUUAAUGACCACCUAAAAUUGGUGACCACUCGAGAUGAUGCGAACAUCGCAAAGGCCUUCCAAUGUAUCUGUGUCAACCUCCAAAAGUUGGAGGCGCUGUACAAGAAGAUGAGGCACCCUUUCAUCUGGAAGCCGCAGCUGGGCUGGGUGGUGAGCUCUCCAGCAGAUGUGGGGACUGGUCUGAGGGCUAGAGUCCGAGUCAAGUUGCCGGAGCUCUCCAGACACAAAAGACUGAAAGACAUACUCAGAAGACUGCGCCUCUGCAUGGACAACACUGACUGCAGCGGGGUGUACAAUGUCAGUAAUGCCCAAACCAUCGGCUUGGAUGAAGUGGGGUUCAUGCAGCUAGUGGUGGAUGGGGUCCAGCUACUCAUUCGCAUGGAGAAGAGGUUACAGAAUGAAGAAAACAUAGAUGAUUUGGUGCCUUUACAGAAGUAGCACUGAUUAAUAUGGGGGAAGAUUAAUCCCUUAAGUCCCAAGCAAAACAAACCAUAUCUUAGUGGUAACGAAAUGCCAUUAUACUGUAGAGGGCUUACGCAAUAUGACUUGUUACAUGUUUUUUUUCUUCUAAAAGCUAAUUGUUGUGUUACUACUUGAAUGAAUAUAUGGAUUGUACUCAAAAUUGACAAA